CUCUUUGGGAAAAUUUUGCUGUUGAGAUGUGUUCAGUUAUUGAUAAAAGCUCCAAUGAAUCUGUUAUUUUCAUCAUUCAAUUUGCAAAGAUGAAAUCAUGGAGAGGUGUGAUGGGGAUUUCCAACACCAUGUUCAAUACUAAGAUCUUUAUAAAUAACUAUGAUAUUCUUGAAGUUUUUGCAUUUAAAGAGAGUUUAAAAAAGAACAAUGUUGGCAGUAUUAGAAGAAAGAGUUCUGUUUUUCAUGUGAAUCCAAGUGCUAAUAUGUCUUUGCAAAUGCCUUUGUCUGCCUAUUCAAAUGAUAAAAGCUCUAUAAAUGUGGUUGACGAAUCUACCAACCUUGAUGCACAACCUCAUGUUUCUAAAGGAAACGAAUCACAUGUCUACAUGGAAAAUCUUGCUAUCGUUAGUUUAGGCACUCCUAUGGCUCCAUCUGAAAUUUAUACUGAUGCUUCUCAACCUUUUAAUAGAUCAACUCUAUGUGAUAUGUCAAAUUCUUAUUUGCUUAAUCCUUUUGAGCAUAACGUCAAGAGAAAGAAAAACUGUGAUGAUGAUGUUUUCCUUGUCAUUGAUUCUAGCCAUAGACAGAAACUAGAAAGUAAAAAUUUGGAUCCUGAAACUAUAAUUGCCUUGAAGGAAAUGCUUGAUCCAAACAAUGCACUUGCCAAGAGUUUUCGAUAUGCAAGGGACCAUUUUAUAGAAGAUAAUCUUGAAGGUGUCAAGAUGAGGCUAAUUCGACAAAGGAACAAGGAUGGAAGAACAUACAAUCUACCAUCUGCAUCUGAACUGGCUGCAUUGGUUGUUGGAUAUAUUGAUGGUUCUAUUGGAGAUAGGGACAUUAUAAUUGAAACACAAUCUAGGUUGCUGCAAUGCAUUGAUGUGCACCAUCCUUUUUAUCUUGCUUUGCAAUUUCCAUUAUUGUUUUCUUACGGAGAAGAUGGAUAUAGGAAUGAUGUUAUGCUCAACCUUUUGGCAUCAUCUAAGGAUGGUGGGAGGAAAAUAGUAAGCAUCAGAGAGGCUUUUACAUUUCGUCUGCAAAAUAAGGAGAAAGAGACCCUAAUUUUGUUAUCUUCAAGGAAGUUGUUUCCACAUUUCAUGGUGGAUGCUUACACAAUGAUUGAAGCUCAGCGAUUGAAUUUUUUGAAAUAUAAUCAAACUUUGUUAAGAGCAGAUUUGUAUAAAGGUUUGAACAAUGCUCUAAGUCGAGGUGAAAAGCAAGCAUCUGCUAUUGGCAUGCGGAUUGUACUUCCAUCUUCAUUCACUGGAGGUCCUAAGUAUAUGUCUGAGAACUGCAAGGAUGCAUUUGCCAUUUGUCAUUGGGCUGAUGACAAGCCAAAAUCUGUAAAGGACCUUGAUAAAAUUAUUUCAGCAGAAAUUCCUGACGAUGUACUAGAUCCAGAAUUGUAUGAUGUUGUCAAGGCUUGCAUGAUGCAUGGACCGUGUGGAAGAGCAAAUCCUAAAUCGCCUUGCAUGAAAGGUGGUAAGAAUUGCACAAAACACUUUCCCAGAGGAUUUUGCUCUAGAACCACAAUAGAUGAAGAAGGCUUCCCUCAUUAUAGGAGGAAGGAUAAUGGUAGAACAGUGAAGAAGAAAGGUGUUGAGCUGGAUAAUCAAUAUGUCGUUCCUUAUAAUGCAAAGCUUCUUCUAAAGUACAAAGCUCACUUAAAUGUGGAGUAUACAUGUCAAACCAGUGCUAUUAAGUACCUUUUCGAAUAUAUUCACAAAGGUGAUUGUAGGUAUGUUUCUGCAUGUGAAGCAGCUUGGAGGAUUUUUGGAUUUCCAAUUCAUUAUAGGUCUCCAUCUGUGCAAAGAUUAUCUUUCCACUUGGAAGAUAAAAAGUAUGUUAUUUACAGAGAUAACGAUGAUAUUGAGGAAGUUUUGAGUAAAGUUGAUUCUAAAAAAACAAUGUUUGAGGCUUGGAUGGAAGCAAAUAGAAAAUUUGAUUUUGCAAGGGAACUUAUUUAUGCUGAAUUUCCCACACAAUUUGUCUACAAUGAACAAAUACAUGAGUGGACCAAGAGGAACAAGGGCUUUGCUAUUGGAAGAAUAGCUCAUGUGCUGCUUGGUAUUAGAGAAGAAUCUUAUUUGAGGAUUCUAUUGAAUAUUCAGAGGGGAUGCAGAAGUUAUAAAGCUAUUAGAACAAUAAAUGGUACUGUGUUUCCUAACUUUAAAGAAGCAUGUUAUGCUUUGGGAUUGUUGGCUGAUGAUAAGGAGUACAUUGCUGCUAUAAAUGAAGCUCAUUUGUGGGGACAGACUGGACACUUCCUUCGACAGCUUUUUGCGUCUCUAUUGUACUCUAAGAGCAUGUGUAGACCUGAGCAUGUUUGGGAUAGUUGCUAGAAAUAUUUGUUUGAUGACAUACUUCAUUGUCAAAGACAAGACAUUGGAAGAUAAGGUUUUUUUUUUUUUUCUUUGCUGCUCAAUUUAUAAUUUUAUUUUUCUUUCUUAUUUUACAAAAUAAUAAAAUCUCUUAUCCUAU